UUUUUUUUUUCACUUUUUUACUCCCUUUUUUUUUCCUUUUACAAUUGCUUUUUCACCCUUUUUUUAUUAUUGUUCUCCCUCUCUUGUAGUUUUUCUCGGCUUUUUUUUUUUCUUCAGCUUUGUUGUUAAUUGCUAUGUGUUCCUCUGUUUACAAGGGAGAGAGAGGCGAAAAACUUGUUGGUUUGGAGUGAGAGACUGAGAGAGUGAAGAGAGAAGAAGUAAGCAAGGAGAAACUUGCCAAAAAAAAAGUACUCUUCUGAAGACUGAGGUAAGUUUAGACGAAGGCGCCUUAUUUGUAAUCCUCGUCUUUUUCUAAUAGUAAUGGCUACAGUCGAAAAGCUUCCCACUGUAAUUAGAAAGUUAGAUGAAGUGGUCAUCAACCGUAUAGCAGCUGGGGAAAUCAUCCAACGUCCAUGCAAUGCAUUGAAAGAAAUGAUAGAGAACUGUAUCGAUGCUAAAUCUACUAGUAUUCAAGUAACAGUUAAACAAGGGGGCCUGAAGUUAUUACAGAUUCAAGAUAAUGGCACCGGUAUACGUAAAGACGAUAUGGAAAUAGUAUGUGAGAGGUUUACCACAAGUAAGCUUCAAAAAUUCGAAGAUUUAACUUCUAUAGCAACAUACGGAUUUCGCGGAGAAGCUUUAGCCAGCAUCAGUCAUAUUGCGCAUGUAACUAUCAUGACAAGAACUGCUGAUUCAAAGUGUGCCUAUAAAGGAUCAUAUCAAGAUGGGAAGCUGAAGGCACCUAUUAAACCAUGUGCUGGGAAUGUUGGCACUCAAAUUACGGUGGAAGAUUUGUUUUAUAAUGUAGCAACACGAAGGAAAGCUUUGCGAAGCCCAGCAGAAGAACAUUCAAAAAUAGCUGAAGUUGUUAGCAGGUAUGCUGUUCACAAUGUUGGAGUUGGAUUUAUUUUGAAAAAGCAUGGUGACACUUCAGCCGAUGUGAGGACUUCAAGCACUGCUUCCCAUACUGAUAACAUCCGUUCCAUUUAUGGACCUUCUGUAGCCAGGGAACUGUUGGAGGUCCAGCAUGAAGACGAGAAGCUCAAGUUUAAAAUGCAUGGUUUCUGUACCAAUGCUAAUUAUUCUACCAAGAAGUGUAUUUUCCUCUUGUUCAUUAACCAUCGACUUGUUGAGUCUUCUGCCUUGAAGAAAGCUCUAGAAGUUGUAUAUGAAGCCUAUUUACCCAAGAACUCUCACCCAUUUAUGUACAUCAGUUUAGAGAUAGCACCUCAGAAUGUUGAUGUUAAUGUUCACCCAACCAAACAUGAAGUCCAUUUUCUCAAUGAAGACAGUAUUAUUGAAAGUGUACAGAAAGCUGUCGAGACAAAACUAUUGGGAUGCAACUCAUCUCGAACAUACUUCACACAGGCUUUGCUUCCAGGGGUCACAACAAAUCUGGACACUGAGCCUAAGAAAACAUCAGAGGGUUCUAACCAAGGAGACAACAAUCCACCUAAAGUUUAUGCAUACCAAAUGGUACGCACUGACUCCAAAGAACAAAAGUUAGAUGCUUUUCUAAACAAGCCAUCAUCUUUUACAUCCAUUAUGAAGACUUACCCAGUUUCUGAAGAUGUUGAAAUGACAGCUGAUUCAGCUACCAAAUCUGAUAGUAAAACGCCAAAGAAGGAAAAUGUCGAGAUGCAGCCUAGUAAAAAAAGAAUGAAACUGGAGUCCAAUGUACAGUCACCUACUAUUCCUGUUAGGAAGGCUAGUGAAAACGAACCUCAGCGACGCUCUAUCAAGCUGACCAGUGUCUUGGAAUUAAAGAAAGACUUCCAGGAAAACUACCAUCAAGGCCUUCGUGAGAUGUUGCAGAACCACAAGUUUAUUGGAUGCAUCAACGAAGAACUGAGUUUGAUGCAGCACCAGACUAAAUUAUACCUCAUUAACAAUGCCAAACUAAGUCAACAACUCUUCUAUCAAUUUCUACUGACUGACUUUGGAAACUUUGGUGCCAUCCGACUUUCUGAACCAGCACCUCUUUAUGAUUUAGCUCUGCUUGCACUUGAUCUUGAAGAAUGUGGGUGGACUGAAGCAGAUGGCACCAAAGAAGACCUAGCUGACUACAUUGUGAAAUUCCUGUUCUCUAAAAGAGAAAUGUUGCAGGAUUAUUUCUCUCUGGAUAUUGAUGAGAAUAACAACUUGUGCACACUACCAAUGCUUUUAGACAACUAUAUACCUCCAAUGGAAAAUUUGCCUCUUUUUAUUCUGCGAAUUGCUACAGAGGUGAAUUGGGAUGUUGAGAAAGAAUGUUUCAUGACAUUCUGUAAAGAAGCCAGUGAGUUUUAUGUCUUAAAGAAAAGUGUGCUUGUAGAACAGGAAGAAGAUGAAACAAGUGAGACAAUGAAGAAUCCCUCAUCUGCUGCUGAGUGGAGAUGGACUGUUGAACAUAUUCUGUUCCCUGCAUUCAGAGAUUAUUUACUACCACCAAAGCACUUUGCUGAAAACGCCAGUGUUUUAGAGAUUGCCAACUUAAAUGAUCUCUACAAAGUCUUUGAAAGAUGCUAAGAUUUUUUUUUUCCUACUUUUAUUUCUUGCCAUCCACCCUAAUACCAUAGUUUCCUUUGUUUUCGUUUUUCUCAUCAACAUACAACAGGUUGAAAUAGAACAAAAUAAAGAAUCUGAUUUUUUUGAUGAUCAUUUGGCAUGACAUGGGUGUUGCUGCUGCUGUUGUUGUUAUUGUUACUGCUGCCACUGUUAUUGUUGUUGUUGUUCAUCCUAGUCAAACAGAGCUAUGAUGUAAAACAUUCCAGGUGUAGCCACCCAAUCUUUCCUUUUUCAGACCUCUGAAUAAUCUAAUUCUAAAUCUAGAAUUAAAUUACACAGUGUGUCCCUCUGUUAGUUUGUUUUUUUGUUGUUGUUGGUUUUAUCUUUUAGACUGUAGGAUAUGAUUUGAGGAAGAUUUGACUGCUGUUUCAAACAGAUUCAUUGAGCCAAUUCAUUGAAACUCUCUCUCAUUGACUCCGAGUAACAGUUGUGACUUUGUAGUUUUGUAUCGAUUAUUGUUGUUAUUGUUUACAUUCAUCCCACUCACACUUGUCUUCAUCAAGCAAACCUAUGCUGAAAGUCUUGAACAUCCUGUCUUAGUCAUAAUGUAUAUCUAGGAAUGCAUUGUACAAUGUAUCCUUUUUUUUUAUUUUUUUUUUUUAAAGUAGGCUGUGAUUUAUUUUACUCCUGAUUCAAUCUCAUGAACACUACUGAUGUGUGACUAUUAAAAGUAUGAUAGAUCUGUCUGGUCUACUUGUUUAAUUACUGUGUUCCACAGUCCACAGUUGGAUCCAUGAAUCUGUUUUAACAUUUUAACCAUUUAAACAUUUUUUUACCAAUAAAAUUUCACUAAAACUUUUUAAAAG